GAAAACGUUUUUUUAACGUGUCGUUCAGUACAAACAGUUCUGCAACGUAGCAAACGUUCAAGUGAACUGAACGCACCUCUGUUGUGAGAGGACGGAACCGGAGGGAAAAAAUUAUCCACGUCUAUCGAACUGAGGGACAAUUACACGGAUAUUGCCAUUUCAAUUGAAGCUUUUAAAGGGAAUACACAUUCAAUUUUCUUAAAGAAAAUAACGGAAUUCAUAGUGGCGGGGUAAGUGUAAAUCCUAUUUACAGGACCUAUUUGUUCAAGCAAGGGAAGAAAAUGGAGUUGGAGGACGGAGUAGUGUACCAGGACGACCCGGGGACAUCGGCUAUGAUGUCGGAGCGGGUAUCGGGCCUGGCCAACUCCAUCUAUCGCGAGUUCGAGAAACUGAUAGGAAAAUACGACGAAGAUGUGGUGAAAGAACUGAUGCCGCUCGUCGUGGCUGUGCUGGAGAACCUGGAUUCGGUGUUCGCGGAAAACCAGGAGCAUGAAGUGGAGCUGGAACUGUUAAAGGAGGACAACGAACAGCUCAUCACGCAGUAUGAACGGGAGAAAGCGCUGAGGAAACACGCAGAGGAGAAGUUCAUGGAGUUUGAGGACAGUCAGGAGCAGGAGAAGAAGGACCUUCAGAACCAUGUGGGCAGAAUGGAGUCCCACUCCCGCCAGCUUGAGCUCAAGAUCAAGAACUAUGCAGACCAAAUCGGCAGGAUGGAAGAGCGAGAGUCUGAGCUGAAGAAGGAGUUCAACUCACUCCAUCAAAGACACACAGAGAUGAUACAUAACUACAUGGAGCAUGUAGAGAGGAUCAAGCUCCACCAUAUGAGUGUAGUAGAGACUUCAGACUCUGGAACUGUGGGCAGAGUCAGGAAAGAGCGUCCCAUGUCUCUGGGUGUCUUCCCCAUGUCAGGAGGGGGGGCAGUUCUGACCCCUGACCUCCAGGCCAGGUCUGAGACGCCGGGUGCAGAGGCCUGGAGGUUCAACGACCUGGAACAUCCGCGCUCCAAUGCCAGCCUCAAGUUGGAUGCAGACGACCCCCCAGGGAAAAGGGAUGGUUACAGUACGCUGCAGAUCUCUUGGGGGAAUUCUCUCCCAGACGACUGCAAGGACGAGCUGUCGGACCUUGGCCCAAAGUCGGUCACUCCCAUGUCCACCACGGCCUCGGACGUCGCCAUGGAGGGGGAGGGGCCAAACAGUAAGAGCAUGGAGUUGCUGGCGGCACUGGGGAACAGGUCAAUAUCAGUGGGUUUGCCAGAGAACGAGGAUAGCUCAGAGGUGCAUGACAUCAUUGAGUCCACCCCUGAACUGGACAUGGACCUCAGUGGAUACAAAGCAUCCAGCACCCCGACCAAAGGAGGCAUUGGCAUUGAGAACAUGGCGUUUGACCGCAACACAGACUCUCUGUUUGCGGAGCUGUCGUCUGCAGGCAUAGGGGACGUCAUCGGAGACGUGGACGAGGGGGCCGACCUGCUGGUGGAGUACUCUGGUAUGGGUCGUGAGGUUGAGAACCUGAUCACGGAGAACACACAACUAAUGGAGACAAAGAACGCUCUGAAUGUGGUGAAGAAUGACCUGAUAGCGCGGGUGGAUGAGCUGUCGUGUGAGAAGGAUGUGUUGCAGGGGGAACUAGACGCUGUGACACAGACCAGGAAACACCUGGAGGAGAAGAACAGAGAGCUGGAGGAGGAGCUCAAGAAAGUGCGUGUGGAGAUGGAGGAGGUGAAAGGGAAGCCAAACGAGGAAGAGGAUAGUGACGUUCCUACAGCCCAGAGGAAGAGGUUCACCAGGGUAGAGAUGGCUAGAGUCCUCAUGGAGAGGAACCAGUACAAGGAGAGACUGAUGGAAUUACAGGAGGCUGUUAGGUGGACAGAGAUGAUCAGAGCCUCCAGAGAAAACCCUUCCCUUACUGAGAAGAAGAAAUCCAGCAUCUGGCAAUUUUUCAGCCGCCUCUUUAGCCCCUCCUCCAGCACGGCAGUGAUGAAGAAGGCGGAGUCCCAGGGGAGGGAGGUGAAGUACACGCCCCCAGCAGGAGGGGGAAUGAAGAAGAGGAGCAGCACCUUCUCCCAGUUCCCCACCGAGAAGUCCAAGGCCUUCGACUUCCUCAACGAGGAAAUGGACCCGUGCGCCUCUCCGUCCCGUAGGGAGCAAAAGAGGGCCCAGUACAGACAGGUCAAAGCCCACAUGCAGAAGGAGGAUGGACAGGUACAGGCCCACGGAUGGAGUCUACCCAGCAAAUCUAAGGUAGUGAACGGGGGCCCAACAGAGAACAAAGAGAAGAAUCUACCUGUGCCAGUCUACCUGAGGCCCCUGGACCAGAAAGAUGCUUCUAUGAAGCUGUGGUGUGCUGCGGGUGUGAACAUGUCAGGAGGGAAGAUCAGAGAGGGAGGGUCCAUGUUGGAAGGACAGAGCAGGAAGGGCUCUGUGAGCAGCCUGGACCAUUUAGAAACAGAGAACAAGGAGCAGGAGAAAGGUGACCAGGAGAAGGAGAAGGAGCUGCGCCUGCAGGAUGAGAUGUCCUGCAGGGUGUGGAUCUGUACCAGUACCCACUCCUCUACUAAAGUCAUGGUGCUGGAGGCCAACCAGCCCUCUGACCUGCUGGACAGCUUCUACGCCUGCAACUCACACGUCCUCUGCAUCGCCAGCAUACCAGGUGUGUUGGAGACAGACUACCCUGCAGGGGAGGAGCUACCUGUACCCCAGGACCUGGAGUCCGGGCCAGUUGAUGGCGUGUCAUUGACAGGCAGCGUGGCCAGUCUGGGCUCCGCGGGCAGCGACGGCGCCUUGGCAACGGAAGGGACCACCGCCGUCCUCCAGAUGGCCGGGGCAGGGCUCAAUGACCUCCCGGCCCAGCACAGCUCAGUGGAUCUGUCCAGAGAGCCCAGUCCUGCAGAGGAUGGGGUCCCCACGGCGGAAGAGGCCACAGAGGCUACAGAGGAGGGGGAGGAGAACCAGGGGCUGGUCGUCAGUCAGCCAGGCAUCUACACAGAACACGUGUUCACAGACCCUCUGGGAGCCGGCCACCAUGAGUCCUCCACUGCAGACACACAGAGGGACCAGGAGGGGGUGGGUGAGGCGUCUCUUCCCGACGACAUGCUCCCUGCUGGGGAGGAUGUCCAGAGGAUGAGCAGCGCCCUGCCCACCAUGUGGCUGGGGGCCCAGAACGGAUGUUUGUAUGUGCACUCGUCUGUGGCUCGGUGGAGGAAGUGUCUCCACGCCAUCAAGCUAAAGGACUCCAUCCUCAACAUAGUGCAUGUGAGAGGAAGAGUCCUGGUUGCCUUGGCUGAUGGCACGUUGGCUAUAUUCCAUAGAGGCCUGGAGGGACAGUGGGAUCUGACCAACUACCACCUACUAGACCUGGGCCGGCCACACCACUCCAUCCGCUGUAUGACAGUGGUGCAUGACAAGGUGUGGUGUGGCUACAGGAACAAGAUCUACGUCAUCCAACCCAAGGCCAUGAGGAUAGAGAAGUUGUUUGACGCCCACCCCCGGAAGGAGAGUCAGGUGCGUCAGCUGGCCUGGGUGGGAGAUGGGAUCUGGGUAUCCAUCCGCCUGGACUCCACCCUCAGACUGUUCCACGCCCACACCUACCAGCACCUCCAGGACGUCGACAUAGAGCCCUACGUCUCCAAGAUGCUGGGUACGGGUAAACUGGGCUUCUCCUUCGUCAGGAUCACAGCCCUCAUGAUAUCCUGUAGCCGUCUGUGGGUCGGAACAGGAAAUGGUGUCAUCAUCUCCAUCCCGCUGUCAGAAGGUACGUCCAUACCAGCUCCAUCUCAGUCAUCUAAGAUGGCCUCCUCUCCUCACCUUCCCUCAGUCAUUGUUCCUUGCCCCUUGAAAAUGUUCACGUCCCUCAUAAGACCAUGUUUUAUAACAACGUAUAGAGAGUGGGUAUUCAUAGACUCUCUACUCCUCCACUGCCCCAUAUAUCCCUCCUCCUCUCCUCCCUCUUUCACUGAAGCUAUAGGUCCUCCUCAGCAUGGAGUCUUACUGAGGGGCCUCAGGGCCAACAAGACAGCGGGUGCAGUGCCAAAUCGCCCUGGCGGUGCCGUGCGGGUGUUCAGUGAGGAGGGCACAGAGAGCACUUUGCCAGGCAGCUACGUGCCCUACUGUUCCAUGGCACAGGCACAGCUGUGUUUCCACGGACACAGAGAUGCAGUCAAGUUCUUUGCAGCCGUCCCAGGUCAGGUGAUCCCGUCCCCCGGACCCGGAGGGGAUUCUGGGUCGGAUGACCCCACCUCUGAGUCGUCUGACAUGGCGACCUCUGAACCUGCCAAAACCUUCCUGGUCAUGAGUGGAGGAGAAGGCUACAUCGACUUCAGAAUGGGUGAUGAUGUAGGAGAGGUGGAUGGCAGCCUAUCGGAACCCACCAUGAAGCAGGCCACCCCUGCCAAACCAGAACGCAGCCACAUCAUCGUCUGGCAAGUCACUUCCUGCCAGGAGUGAGCCAAUCACAGACUGCCACAUCACUACUCGGUCGCACAACCCCCCCGCAUGCACCUCCCUUAGGUUUUAAGUUGUUAUUAUUGAUAUUAUUAUUACUACUGUGGAUGACUACAUUGUUGCUAAGGAUUCUUUUAGUGUCUGUUUUAAAUGUAUCCAUGAAUUUGGGGCCUAAUGUUUGCCAGGCAAGGUUAAAGUGAAACAGUGAAGUCAACUCCUAAUAAGUGCACAUGGGAUAGAUAAGUGCACUCAUUUUAAGUGCAGUGCACUUCACCGGGCCCUUUUCAAACCGUUGUUUUCACUUGCUCCAGAUAUCUGCAGCACAUUCUAGAAGUCGACUGCGGUAUAAAGGCAUCUCAGUGUUUUAAAGUAACUGUCCAGUGAAAAUCUGACUGUUAGAAGUUUGUAUUCUGUUAACUAACUCAUACUCAAAUAAUAUGGUUGACACUUUAAAUCUCCUCCUCAAACUUGUAUCUCAAACAGACUGUUUCAAAAAUGAGCUGGCCAAUCAGCGGUCUACUCACAUAAAUAUUUUUAAUGACCGGUAUAUGCCCACACCAUUCUGUUGUUGGGGUAAGCCCACACCAUUCUGUUGUUGGGGUAAGUCCACACCAUUCUGUUGUUGGGGUAAGUCCACACCAUUCUGUUGUUGGGGUAAGUCCACACCAUUCUGUUGUUGGGGUAAGUCCACACCAUUCUGUUGUUGGGGUAAGUCCACACCAUUCUGUUGUUGGGGUAAGUCCACACCAUUCUGUUGUUGGGGUAAGUCCACACCAUUCUGUUGUUGGGGUAAGUCCACACCAUUCUGUUGUUGGGGUAAGUCCACACCAUUCUGUUGUUGGGGUAAGUCCACACCAUUCUGUUGUUGGGGUAAGUCCACACCAUUCUGUUGUUGGGGUAAGUCCACACCAUUCUGUUGUUGGGGUAAGUCCACACCAUUCUGUUGUUGGGGUAAGUCCACACCAUUCUGUUGUUGGGGUAAGUCCACACCAUUCUGUUGUUGGGGUAAGUCCACACCAUUCUGUUGUUGGGGUAAGCCCACACCAUUCUGUUUUUUUUACAUACUAAUUUUUAAAACUAGGAAAACUAUUUCACUCAUAUUGUCAUUAAUUAUAGGUCAUAUUUAAUUGAAAUGUGUAAACACUGGACAGUUACUCUAAAGGAACAGACUUAUUAUGCCAGGUUAUUACAUAUGUACUGUACCAUCAUGUGUCGGUGCUACGUACUUCCUAUAGUUCAAUAAGAAUCAAAUAACGUCAUUUUCCUGUGAGGCAAACGUCUUAUAUGAUAUUUACUGCACAUACAACAAUGGCACAGGAUGAACAAAUCAUUCAAAUAACAGUACAGUCAACAAAGAUGAGGAAGUGCAUUAUAUUGAUUUAACAUGACAUUGAAUAAGGGAACAUCAGUAUUGUAUGUUUAGAAACAGAAGACAAAAGGGAAUGGUUAAGGGGUUUUGCACUGAAUUGAUAUCUGAUGUUGUAAAGUUAUGAUAUGGGACUGUAUGUGUGUGGGUUCACUGUCGCCUUUACCGUGCCGAGCAUUUUAGAUCGUAACCUUUGAACAAAACAGAUUUAUUUUUGCUACCUUUGUGGUGUUAGUAAUGUGAGCAAUGUUUGGGCACCUCUGUGUGUAGAACGGAUUGUGAGAUGUAAUGUAGGGCCCUGUUCCAAUACUUUAAAAAGCCUUUCUUAUUUCCUCACUUUCUUGAAGUAAUCAGGGAGAAAAUAUCUAUUUUGAAGUAUUGUAACGGUGUGGAAGUUAGUAUCAGCCUGCAUGGGGAAGUCUUGUACUGUAUCUCCGUCCAAAGGUCUGCUUGCUCUGCCAUUUUGGGCCAAACUCUCUGUUCCGCCAUUUUGGGGAAAUGUGCUCCUGCUGCAAUUUAGGGUCUUCCCUCAUGCUAGAUCUCCCUGGCACUUUUAAACAUAAUGUAGGCCGCUUGAAGUAGAACACUCGUCCGUGGUCACUUAUACUAAAAAUGUGCUAACUAUUUUAGGGGAAAAGGGUGAGACGGACUAUUUGGUUCUGUCAAGGUGUAACCAGUUACCAAAGGACAAAAAAAUGAAGUAUGAAAAGAAUAUUAAAUGUCAUUCGUAUCUAACAUUAUCCAUUUGCAUCUUCUCUGGGGGUUUUAAGUAAAGUCAUAAUAGCAAUGAUUUGAUGAUGAAUAUAUAUUUUUUAAGGUUUCAUCUCUGAAAAAUGUUAUAUUUCACAGGGAAUUUGUUAAUGAACGUAAGUGUUUACGUUGCACCUUAAAAAGCAUUGUCCACACAGAACUAAGUUUGCUUUGUGUUUCAUUUGUUUUGUGUUUUUACAAAUGCAUUCAAAUCACUUUUUUUACUUUUGAUUUUGUGCUCUUUGUACUUGUUGUCUGUGAGACACUUCUAUAAAUGAAUCUGUAUUUUGAUGGUGUCUGUUACCCGAAGCAGAAAAACCAAUAGACAAGUGUUUCAUUUUUAUAUAUUUGAAGGAAAAAAACUGGGUUGGGAUUGGUUAGGCCUCGGCCUAUUUAUUUUCCAAUUCAGAAGAAAUAACGUUCACAUCGUGUUGUAGCCAUUCCAGUAUUUAUUUUUCUUAUUGAGCCUCGGUGGUUCAGAAUGUAACUUUCUACAUGAAUAAACAUAAUAGGAGAAUAUUCAAAGUGAUCAGUAAUAAUGGUGCCAUAAAAUGAAACCAUGGUCAAAUAGAAAAUGGAAAAUACACAAUGAUCAAUGCUAAACAGUCCUGUAACGUCUGUGGACUGAUCAGGACAACUACACAUUCAUGGUACCAAGCUAUGCAUGUUUUUUUUUAAAGAACACUGCUAUGUAUUGUUUGGUUCAAAUCCUUGUUAACUGCCACCGUUUUGGGUGGGUAGAUGUCUGCAUGUGUGUGUGGCUUGCAUUUGAGUGUGUGGGUGUGUGUGUGCGUGCGUGCGUGCCUGUGUGUGUGCAUAUGUGUAUCUCCAGAGGAUGGUCUGUAGUAUGUACCAGGCCUUUCUCUGGGCCCCUAAAGCCGUAUGGCCAUAACUGUGGUUUCUCCUGGUAAAUGUUUGCUAAAACAGCAUCAUAGCCUUAUUUUUAACAAUCUAUUAAACUCAAUUUCAUGGGGAAUUCA